GGAAGAUGUCAGAACGGCUAACGUUAUCAGCGCGGAACCCGUGACGUGUCUCGUCAUCGACAGAGACUCUUUCAAACAUUUGAUUGGAGGUCUGGAUGAUGUUUCCAAUAAAGCAUACGAGGAUGCUGAAGUAAAAGCAAAAUACGAAGCCGAAGCUGCCUUCUUCGCCAACCUAAAGCUGUGUGACUUCAACAUCAUUGACACUCUUGGAGUUGGAGGUUUUGGCAGAGUUGAACUGGUGCAGUUGAAAAGUGAUGAAUCAAAAACUUUUGCAAUGAAGAUACUAAAGAAACGUCACAUAGUAGACACGAGACAGCAAGAACAUAUACGCUCAGAAAAACAGAUCAUGCAAGGCGCUCACUCAGAUUUUAUUGUGAGGUAUGACUGUGUUCUUGGAUAA